UCUUUCACACUUCACUCAAAACUUAUAUUAUCAAACAUGAACACAGAAAACCUUGCCCAAGUGAUAGGUUCAGCUUAUUUAAAUAGAAUAGGUGUAGUCUAUGCCGUAAUUAAAGAGGAUCCAUCUAUUUUGGAAAACAUAGAUAAAAUCCAAUUUGUACAAACUCCUUUGCAUAUCGCUGCCUUGAUGGGUCAUCUCGAAUAUGCCAUUGAAAUUAUGAAUUUGAAACCUUCAUUUGCUACGAAGCUAAAUUUGGAAGGUUACACUCCCAUUCAUUUUGCUAUGCUCCACAAUACUGAUGUUGUUAGGGAAAUGAUCCCCGCUUCUCUUCUUAGGGAUAACAGCCAAAUGGAGAUGGUGUCUUACUUGGUUGGUAUCAAUAAAGAUCUUGUUAGAGUUAAAGCAAGAGAAGGCUUGACUCCACUUCAUUUAGCAAGUAAAUUAGGGGAGGUUGAACUUUUAGCUAAAUUCCUCACUGUUUGUCCGGAUUCCAUUAAAGAUGUAACUGUGAAAGGUGAAUCUGCAUUGCAUAUUGCUGCCAGGAUGAAACAAUAUAAGGCCCUUGAAUUUCUUCUUACGUGGCUCCAAGAAAAUUGUGGAAGAGGUGCUAAAAAGCUGAAAUGGGAAAUACUGAAUCUGAAAGACUACAAUGGCAACACUGCUUUGCACAUUUCAGCCCUUAGUAGUGAACCAAAGUCUCUUGAAUAUCUGGCAAACACUGGAAUGAGCUUUGAUGGAAUGAACUCCGACAAGAAAAAAGCAAUUGAUUUAGCAAGUACUCCAGAGAUGAAGAAAAUAUUAACAAGUGCUAAAGAAAAACGUCUCUCAAUAAUGACUAAGGUCGGCAUUCUUGAUGCCAUGACUUGGAUAAGUAGAAUUAGAAGUGAUAUAACAGAGGAACAGCGUAACACUUGGUUGAUAAUUGCAACUCUUGUUGCAACUGUAACCUAUGAAUCAACAGUGAAUCCUCCGGGUGGAGUUUUCCAGGUUAGUGCAAGUGAUGACAACAAUAUGAAAAUCAAGUCUGGAGAUAUGUAUUAUUCUACCCGAGGAAAUGCUGGGAAAUCGAUCUUGUCAAAAACUAGUUUCAUGGGUUUUUCAUUAGCGAAUAUGCUUUCCUUUUCUUUAUCAAUUGUAGCAAUAGUAAUUAUGACCCCAGGGGGAGUACUAAGGCCCCUCGUGUUAGCUCCGGUCACUUUUUUUACUCUUUGCUAUCUAAUUGCUAUGCCAGCAAUAUCUCCUACUCAUACCAACACUAUUAUUCUCAGCAUCCCUAUGUAUUCAAUUUUUUUAUUGGCGGGUUUUAUGUUUUAUUUCUUUGGGGACCUUAUUAUUAUAAAAAAGAGAAUAAUCUCUUGUUACAAAUGCAUGAGAGCAACUCAAAGUCAAACCUGCAUGAGAGCAACUCAAAGUCAAACCUGCAUGAGAGCAACUCAAAGUCAAACCUCUGAAACCCGUGUUUAGACAAUAUAGUUUCAUUGUCUAUUUGAAGUUUUCAAUAUAUUAUUUGGUUCAAUCUUAGAAAAUUAUGAACAAAUGUAUGUGUACAAGUAUGAAAUCCAUGUGGUCCCG